UGAAGAGUGCACUUCCGAGAAUACAAAGCCUCGCCUCCCAUGACGGGACGGCCAUUAUCCUCCCGGCACACGGAUGCCCACACCGCGCCGCCCACAGACCUCGGCGGGCCGGCGCCACGGGAAGGGACGGCGCUGACGGCGUGAAGCGCUCAGUUCAUCCAUCAAGAUAUUCAGAAGAAUACGUCACCAUGUCACUGCCGCCAGUGCCUGCAGCCCCUGCGAAGGUUGGUGUAGGGCCACAGGACCUUCUGUACACGCUGGAGCAGCGGCCGCCGCUGCACACCACGCUCAUCUUGGGCUUCCAGCACUGCCUUACGCUGGUCACCACAACGGUACCUAUCCCCUUCCUGCUAGCCUCCCUUCUGUGCCUCGGCCCGGCCCACCCCGUUCGAGUCUACCUGAUCUCCACCAUAAUCUUCGUGUCAGGCCUCAAUACCCUGCUGCAGGCCACGCUGGGAGUAAGGCUCCCCAUCGUCCAGGGCGGGAACUUCGCCUACUUGAUCCCCGUCAUCGCACUGCUCUCGGGGGAGUACGCGCCCUGCGAGGCUCAGCUAUCGGCCAACCUGACGGCGGUGGACCAAGAAGAACUGUGGCGAGACAAGAUACGGGUCAUUCAGGGCAGCAUCGCGGUGUCUUCAUUGUUCCAGAUCUUCAUUAGUGCCACAGGUCUGAUCAGCGUGCUGCUUCGCUGGAUUACGCCGCUCACCAUCGUGCCAACCAUCAUGCUCGUGGGCCUCUCCCUGUUUGACGUGGCCGCCGCCCAAGCCUCGAGUCAUUGGGGAGUCUCCUUCAUGUCCAUCGCAAUCAUGAUCGUGUUCUCGCAGUACCUGACGGACGUGGGCGUGCCCUUCCCGCGAGGCUUCAAGGAGAAGAGCUGGAGCUUGGCGUUCACCUGGGUCAAAAUCUUCAAGCUGGGGUCGGUUAUCCUGGCCCUGGCUGUCUCGUGGUUCCUGUGUUGGCUGCUCACCCACUUGGAGGUCUUGUCAGAAGGGUCCCCGGCGCUCACUGACCUGUCCCUCGACCUGGUGCGAGAGUCCCCGUGGAUUUAUGUCCCUUACCCAGGUCAAUGGGGUGUUCCGCGCGUGGCAGUGGCGGCUGUCCUGGGGUGUAUGGCAGCCAGCAUUGCCUCCACCGUGGAAAGCAUCGGGGACUACUUCAUCUGCGCCAGGGUCUCCGGAGCGCCACCGCCUCCUGUACAUGCUGUUAACCGGGGCAUCCUGAUGGAGGGCGUGGGCGUGGCGCUGGCCGGCCUCUUUGGUACUGGCAGCGGGAUUAACUCUUACUCAGAGAACAUCGCUGCGCUUGCCCUCACCAAGGUUGGCAGCAGACGUGUGGUGCAAGCGAGUGCCGUCCUCAUGAUGGUUCUGGCCUCGGUCUGCAAGUUCAGCGCUCUCUUGGCCACCAUCCCUGAGCCCAUCAUCGCCAGUCUCCUCUUCGUGCUCUUCUCCUUCAUCGUCACAGCCAGCCUCCCAAUGCUCCUCACCCUCAACAUCCACUCGUCAAGGAACCUCUUCAUUCUCGGCUUCACGGUCUUCUUCAGCCUCGCCGUGUCAAAGUUCGUGAAAGCAAAUCCUGAAGCCGUCAACACUGGCCUGCCGAUGCUCGACCACAUGCUCGUCAUUCUCCUUCAGACAUCCAUGUUCCUCGGUAGCUUCAUCGGCUGCUUACUGGACAACACUAUUCCAGGCAUCUUCCUGGUGGGGUCUGAUGGUCGGCCCAAGGCUUCUUCCAGGUGGGGCCUGAUGGUCGGCCCAGCCCGUUCUGGCGCAGGGUCAGACGAAAACCGUGGACUUAUCCAGUGGCGGGCACAGCUAGCAGAAGGUCAUGCCAGCACCGAGUAUGACAUCCCUGGCACGCAAGCUAUCUCCCGAUCGGUAGUUUGCUUGCAGUACAUUCCAUUUUGGCCGACAUUCAGAGGAACGCCAUUUUCAAGCAACAAGUUGAACCAAUCAUCUGGGCCUGCACAAAGUGGUAUUCAAGGGGCCUAAGGAACUGGCUUAUACGCUCUUUGAAAGAGUGGCCGACUGUUCCUCCUAAGGUGACGUCUGUUGGCGGCACUUGUGUGAACAGAUCGGGAGGCGGCAGUUCACUGGCACUUGGAGGAGCAGUGAACACUUCAUUGGGACAGUUACCCUGAAAGAAAAUAGGGUUCGUGCAAAUGUACAUACUGCCUAGAAAUGUGCCGAUACCAAUACUGACUUUUAUAUGGAUUUUUUUAUUCAUCUGAACUAACUAGUCAAACACAUUAAGGUAUACAACUGGCACUAUGUAAAUAUAUCAACUAAUAGUAUCAGGUGCAUAUCUCAGGGUGUCACUCAGGGCCCUGGCUAGUCUGUGAGGGCAUACACACUGCUGCAUUGAUGUCUGUACUGGAUCACUUGUCUACACUCAUUUUUUUUUAUCAUAUGACUAAUUUUUCUUAAUAAAUUUCAUUGAGGUUCCUCCCUA